CCGAGCGGGAAGUGCCAGGCUGAUCCCAAAAAGCCUAUUGCCGCCAAGAGAGCGCGUCUGUGGGCAGCACGCGUCGCCUCGCGUUACGCGUCUCGGAGCUCUCACGAAGGCGUCUAGUGGCCGUGUGUGUCGUUUUGUGAGGUGAAGAUGCGCUGAAGGUAAUGAGUUGUGGGGGACGGCAGGGGUGAAACUGGAACGGACGCCGUCGAGACGGACUCCGGCGGGUGGCACAUGGGGGACAGCCAUUGUGAGGCAAUCGAGGAGGGCCGGUUGAGCGGGGUGGAUGUCGGGAACGCCAGGGGAGGAUGAGGUCCGUGGGCUGCAAGCGCCGCCAUGGUGCCGGAGAGAUGCCAGCUGAUUAUGGGCAUGAUGGAAUGUGUUGAUCCAUUCGUACUGCAAGGUGGCGAUGCAGGCUUAGCGAUCCGAAUCUGCUCGCCGUUCUCGACAUGGCUGCCUAUUUAUCAACAGACCCGACCAUGUCUUGCUGAUCCCUCACCCUCGUCCAUCCCGUCGCCCCCGCUGGCUCCAUUUCCCUUUCUCUUCCCCUCGGGGCCUCUUUCUUUUCCUUUCUUCCGCCCAUUGCCAUCCCUCAUCCACAUUCUUACUUCCGCCCUCCUCGCCCUCCUGGCUAUUCUAUUAUUAUCCCCCGCUAAGCUAAUGGCAGAAGAAUCAGUCUCCGCGUCCAGUCGACAUGCAGGUCCUGCGCUUCAGAGAGGGAAAGCUUGUUUGCGAUGCAGGAAAAGGAAAAUGAGGUGCGAUGGAACGAAGCCUGCGUGCCAGCAGUGUCAACGGGCAAAGAAGGGCGAUAUGUGCGAGUAUGACGACGGCAAGGGCAAGACCAGGACGCAGAUCCUGAGGGAGACCAUUGCCCGUCUCGAGUCCCGUGUCCGCGAGCUCGAAGAUCCAGAUAGGAGUUUGACGUCCGUCCAGCUAUUCGACCCUCAUGCCUUGGUCUUCUCCGAACCCGAAUCUUCCUCAUCCAGUGCCGCCGAGUCUCCGUCAAGUAUCCCGUUCUCGACCUCACAUUCGCCCUAUGGCACCUUUGAGGGUGUAUCUCCUAUCCCGACUCCCCCACUCCCCUGGGAGCCGAGCACUGUCAGUCCUCCCUGGCUCUGCUGCUCGACAACCACUUAUUCACAGCGCUUCCAGGGGUCGCACUCGCCGGAGCCGUUUGCCUCGGGUAUAUCGAUAGAGCUUGCUGAGUCGUUCUUGGAUAUCUUCAUGCCACACCGACACCAGGUCGGCUUGCAGGUACACGAAGACCGUCUCAGGAAUUCGCUACAUCUACCACUCGAGGACCAACGCCACCCAGCGCUUAUGAACGCCAUCUUCCUUUGGGCGUGCUACCUUUCUCGUGCCCAAUCGUUCGGACAACACGAGGCCUUGUACUUGGAACGCGCCACCGAGGCCGUCCGACUAGCGAUCGCAACGGGAAGCCCGAAGGUCGUCGAUGUCAUCCAAGGCAGCUGUCUUCUGUCGCUUUACCUUCUCACAACCGGUCGGCUUGUCGAGGGUGGCAUGGCGGCUAGCACCGCGGCCAGUCUGGCGCUUCAGUGGGGUCUACAUCGACAGGUCUCCGAGGAGCUCAUGUCGGCAGGAUUUCUGGAUUCGCCAUUUACGCUUCCGCCUCCUCAAGACUCGAUUGAGCGUGGCGAACGCAUACUUGCAUUCUGGCAGAUCUACAUUCUCGAUCGGUGCUGGUCUGUCGUGCUCCAGCGCCCUCCUACGAUCUCCGACGCAAACGAUAUCAUUUCUGCCAUCACCGUACCGUGGCCACAGGAUAUUGAGGAAUACGAGGCAGAGAAUUUCAACGUUCUAGCCGACUUCUCGACCGUUCAGAUGUUCCUCGCACAUCAAAGCCAGGUCAACAACUUUGCCGGUGGAUUCUCGAGUUUCGCAUUACGGGCCAAGGCUUCUGCGCUAUUUGAGCGAGCUUUCCGAAUCGCUUCCAUGUGGCCAGCCGUUACCAACGACGAGGAGACUCAGACAUUCGAGAAUGCCAUCGUACGCUUCAGCAACAGUCUGCUUCCGGUCCAGCAACUGCACGGAACCCUCCCCGCGGACAAGCAUUCGCUCAUCGUAGUGCACACUCUCGUGCAAGCCGCUAUCAUCCGUCUACAUUAUCGAUCAGGAGAGGACGACCAUCUUCGGCACGAGAAGUGCAUGCGCGCCGCACGAACAUGCCUGUUCAUCAUUCGGCAUAUAGGAGAUUCCGACUACGACUUUUUGGAUCCUAUCAUCGGUUCUUGUUGGGGCUCCGCGGCAAAUGUCCUCGUCCGAGAGAUCACUAGAUUAGAGGCAUGGUCAGCCGUCAGUUCUCUUGAGCUUCGUGCUCAAGUAGGCACGCUCGUCGCCGCUCUGACAAAACUGAGCGUGAGGUUCCCGUUGCUAGGUGAAUUCGUUCGCCGUCUGUUGAAUGUCAAGAUCGAAACUCAGUAGAAUACCUUAUCUCUCCCCAUCCAUCAUAAUUGUCUAUCCCUUCCCUAUACAUUAGGUUUCCAGGCUACGAACAUCCAAACAGCGCUCGGUGCCUUAUGAUCGUUCCCCCAUCUACGUCUCUCCUCAUCGACGCCACAAGGAUAUGAAACCUACAAAGGAAACGAAAAAAGCAAGUGACGAGAACGAAAACGAUUGGCAUCCGAUUCAACCUCCAUUCCAUCGUACGUUACGCACGCCGCCGUACUUGGCCUCCGACUCUUCUUUAACGGCUUGCGCCACGGACUACCCCUUAUAUUAUCCUGUUCGGACUAUUAUUCUUUAUUCCUACUUCUCGGACCAUGGACUCCACCUUCUAUUACCCAAACGACAAUCGAAUCGAAUCGCAUUGGACUUCUUUUGACUUGACUUUGGUCAAGUCGGACUACCCUGUGUAUCCAUAUCCCACGAUUUCACGCUCUUUCAUGCUUCAUGCUUCACGCUCUGUCUUUACGGCCUGGACUUUGCCCCUACGUCCCCUUUGAUCAGACUUUGACGUUGGCUAUCCGCUUUAUCCUUUCGUCCUCUGCUUGAUGCUACGCUUGAUUGCUGCACCGUGGACUUCUUUGUUGCUCGAACUUUUUCCUUUUUCUUUUACGGAUUCAAAUGGCGUCGGACAUUGGGACUCUGUUGGACAUUAUCGGUUACUAUUCAUCCAAUCCGAAGCCUUACGAUAUUUAUCGCAGUACGGACUUCUACCUAUCGUCUAUCAUCAUCAUCGUUACCACUUAUUUCGCAUUAUUACUACUUCUUACUCUUACACCUUCUUUUACUAUACUUUGUUACUUUUACCUAGCGAUGCUCCUCCAUGCCGCUGUUACCCCCUGCUCCUUCGCCUUCGAACUUUGUUCUCGAUCGGACUCCUUGGCCCUCGGUGGCCCUUACCUUUAUCCGUUGAUCUUCACCUUACAUUACUUGCAUUGUAUCGUCUCAUUGUCCUUUCGCGUUCUUUGCUCACCCCCUUUAGUUCUAUUUCACUUCCAAGUUACAUACUCGCUUUCGUUUGCUGUCACAUAGUAUCCUCGUGUAUCGCCAUCGCCAUCGCCAUCCUUCACUGGUUAACCCUUCGGACGAUGAACCCCCAAACAAUUACUGUAUACGUAUAUAUCGUACUACCCAUUCUACCCACUCUGCACUUCCUUUUGACGUUGACUGAAAUGUUCAGCGCUCGAUGAUUAUUUGAUUGACGGCCCAUCCGAACUCUUUGUCUUAGCCGGAGUGGUUUCGAACUUUCGCCUGCUACUGUUAGUGUUACCGGUUUACUGUGAUGGACAGUGUGUUACAGCCGUCGGACCAUUCAAUUGUUUCUUGACUUCUAGUACCCUUGA